AUGGGGGGGGGUGGGGGGGUGGGGUGGGGGGGUUGGGGUGGUGGGGUGGGGGGUGGGGGGGGUGUUGGGUGGUGUGGGGGGGUUUGGUGUUGGUGUUGGGGGUGUUUUGUUGGGAGGGUGGUGGGGGGUGUGGUGUGUUGGUGGGGGGGGGUUGUGUGUGGGGGUAGGUGGGGGGGUGUUGUGUUGGUGUUGUGUGUGGGGGGUUGGUGGUGGGUGGGUGUGGUGGUGGGGGGGUUGUGGUUUAUUAUGUUGGGUGGAUUGGGUUUGUGGUGGGGAUUUAUGUUGUUGAUAGUGUAUGUGAUUGGAGAUGGGGAGGUUGUUUUGUUGGGGGUUGUUGUGUGGGGUGGGGUUGUUGUUGGGGGUAUUGGUGUGUGUUUUUGGGUUGUAGAUUAUGGGGUGUUGGUGAUUGUUUGUGUGGUGUUUGUUGUGUGGGGGGGGGGGGUGGUGGUUGUUUGGUUGGAUGUUGUGUUGGGGUUUGGUGGUGGUAGGUUUGUGUUGUGUUUGUUGUUGGUGUGUUUUGGGGUUGGUUGUGGUUGGGUUGGGGGUGUUUGUAUGUGUGUGUGUUGUGUGGGUGUGGGGGGGGUGUGUGAUGUUGGUGGUUUGUGGGUGGGGGGAGUGGUUUGGGUUGUGGGGGUUGGGGGUGUAGUGGUGGUGGGGGUAAGGGGUGGGGGGUUGUGGUGGUGUGUGGGGGGUGGGGAGGGGGGGGGUGGGGGUAUGGUGGUGGGGUGUUUGGUUUUGGAGGGGGGGGUGUUGGGUGGGUGUGUUGGGGGGGUUUGGUGGGGGGUGGAUGGGGUUUUGGGGGGUGGGUGGGGGUGGUUGGGUUUUUUGUUUUGA